GCUUAAAUUGCUUCAGAAUAUAAUUGUCGCUUUAAACUAUAUAAACUAUACUUUUUUCCCUGUGCGAAAAGUGUACGCGUGUGACGAACAAAACUCAACAUAUCCGAGGAAGAGAAGAACAAUCAAUUGUGAUUUCGUUCUCCACUUCACUCCUCCAAGUCUCUGAUGGUCAUUGAUGCCUUGUCUCCACUGAAUCCUAAGCGGAGAAGGUUCACCAACGCUUAUUCCAUGGCCAAUCUUGCAGAUAUGAAUGAAAGGUUUGGGCGAGAGAUUCGUGUUUUUGAAACGUCACCAGUUUCUCCAUCAUUAAAUGCUGCACCAAGCAACGAAGGAGAUGAGACAGAUGACUUCUAUGAGUUCACCCCAGAAGACUAUUACCGACUUCUAGCUACUAAAAAGGAAGAUAAAUUAUUGAAGACUCGAAAAAUCCGAGAAGCAGAAGAGGCAGCUCGUAGGUCAAGAAUAACGAAGGCUGUAAUUCGAGUUCGUUUCCCUGAUAAUCACACAUUGGAGGCUAACUUUCACCCAUCAGAAACCAUCCAGAAUUUAGUUGAUCUUGUGACUAAAGUGAUUGCGCAGCCGGAGCAGCCAUUUUAUUUGUAUACCACACCGCCUAAGAAGCUGAUCAAAGACAUGUCUCAGGAUUUCUACACUGCUGGUUUUUGCCCUGGUGCCAUUGUGUACUUUUCGUACGAGGUUCCAAAAGGUGAUAACACUCUCGUUGGCUCCUACUUGAGUGAAGAUAUCAUGGCCUUGAAGGAUUUACAUGUAUCUGCUGAUCAAGGUCAGCAAUCACAGCCUGUGCAAGUGGAACCAGAGUCUGUAGUGGCACCACAACCUCCUCCUGUCGAAGAGCGAAAACCGGCUGAGAAAAAGCUUGUUAAACCAAAGUGGCUAAAAAUGUGAUAUCAUUGUUCCAUACUUGCCAUGGUUGUUUCUAUAGGACAAUUCACUUAUGCUUAAUUUUAUACCAUGUAUAGUGGUUGUUCAUUCUGGUCUUCUGAAGAUACUUUUUUAUGCCAUGUUUUACUUUCUAGUCUUGGUAUCGGUUGGGUAUAUGGAUCUUAGUCAAGUGUAUCAUGCUAAAUCCAAUAGUAUGCAGCAUAGUUGUUUCAUCUCUUUUAAUUCACAGUAUACCUUUCCUUAC